AUGGCUACGACCACGCCCCGUAGGACAGACGUCCUGAUAGUAGGCAGCGGCUCCGCCGGCAUCUUCGCCGCGACAUGGCUCGCGCUGUUCAACAUCCCCUUCACGAUGCUGGAGCGUCGGUCCGGGCCGCUCGAGGUGGGUCAGGCGGACGGCGUGCAGUGUCGGACGGUCGAGAUCUACGAGUCGUUUGGGGUUGCGGAAGAGCUUCUUAGGGAGGCGUAUCACAUUCUUGAGAUUGCGUUCUGGGGUGUCGAGGAUAGUGAUGGCGGGAAAGGGGGAAUCACGAGGAAGAGUAGAGCGCCGGAUAGGGAGCAGGGACUCAGCCAUUGUCCGCAUGUUAUCUUGAAUCAGGCGAGGAUGAAUUCGAUUAUGCUGGAUGUCUUGAGGGGGUUUAGGAAGGGACACGGAAAGGAAGGGGACGGAAUUGAGUAUGGAGUUGGCGUCAAGGGGGUGGAGGUUGGGGAUACUGGAGAGGAGUAUUGUUGUAAGGUCUCGGCGGAGAGGAAUGGGGUUGAGGAGGUUUGGGAAGCCAAGUAUGUUUUGGGCUGUGACGGUGCACAUUCAGUUGUGAGGAGGAGCCUUGGGUAUCAGAUGGUGGGCGAUACGACUGAUACUGUAUGGGGAGUGAUGGAUAUCUACCCCUUGACCAACUUCCCAGAUAUUCGUCGCAAGUCUACUGUUCAUUCAUCGGCAGGAAAUCUGCUCAUCAUCCCGCGUGAAGGAGGGUCGCUGGUCCGCUUCUAUAUCCAGCUGCCCCCGGGAUCCAAGGCCAAGGAUGUGAGGCUGGAGGACCUUCAGGAGACCGCAAAGAAGAUCUUCCAUCCUUACACCAUGGACUUUGCAGAUACGUACUGGUGGUCUGCGUACUCUAUUGGACAACGUCUGGCCGAUCACUUCCACAAAGACUUCCGUGUGUUCUUGACGGGAGAUGCAUGCCACACUCAUUCGCCCAAGGCAGGACAGGGAAUGAAUGUGAGUCUGCAAGAUGGGUACAAUAUCGGGUGGAAAUUGGGUCACGUCCUGAACAAGAUCGCCCCGCCGUCACUCUUGGAGACGUAUGUUUCCGAGCGCUCUAAGGUAGCCAAAGAACUUAUCGACUUCGAUCGAGAAUUCGCGAGGAUGUUCUCAUCUAAGGAGGAGCGACCCGGGCAAUUUGCUGAUCACUUCACUAUGAGUGGCAGGUACACGGCCGGAUUUGGUGUGCAUUAUGAGGACGAUCAGAUUAGUGACUCUCGGGGGAGUGACGGAAGUCUGGCAGGGAAGGUCGUGGUGGGUGCGCGGAUGCCGAGUGCGCAGUUGAUACGGUGGUGUGACUGCAAGGCUGUACAGCUAUUGAAGGUGCUAAAAAGUGACGGACGAUGGAGAGUUGUAGUGUUUGCUGGAGACAUCGCGCAGCCGACAAACAAGCAGAGGCUAGAGAAGCUGGCGACCCAACUGGGAGCAUUAACGAAACGAUUCACGCCAGCGGAGGAUGACGUUGAUAGCCUGAUCGAGCCAAUUCUGGUGUUAAAGACGAAGUUCACGGAGACUGAACAGCAUCAGAUACCUGAUUACUUCGUGCCAGUGAACGGCAAAUGGAGGAUAAGAGAUCUUCACAAGGUAUACAUCGACGACCAACACUACAACGAUGGCCACGGUGAGGCAUAUCGGACACUGGGAGUCGACCCGGCCGUUGGAGCUGUUGUGAUCAUACGGCCAGACCAAUACGUCUCCAAAGUGACGAGAAUAGAAGAUGUCAGUGGAAUCGAAUCGUUCUUCAAGGGAGCUUUGUAUGAACGGGGUGACUGA